AUGUGGCAAGAAGCACGAAAGCACGAACGACACAUUCGUUCAGUUUUGGUGGACUACCGAAAAAGAGCCGAGCGCCGACUCAAUUUUUAUUCUCAGAUUCGACAAGACCCUAUCAAAUUCCUGAGGGUGUAUGGUACGCCUGCGAAAAUAAACCUAGAUGUGGAGGUGCGAAAGGCAGCAGAGAAUCCUAAUAACAUGAUGCCAUGGACUGGCGACCCAUCCAUCAUGAUAGAUCGCUUCGAUGCCAGAGCGAACCUUGAAACCUAUUCCUCCGCAAAACCUACCGAAAUCAAGCUCUCUACUGCGGAAAAAAUCGAGGAACGCCUCUGCAAUUAUGAACGUUACAGAUGCCUUGCGCAUAACGAUUUCCUAGAAGUGACGGAGUCAAUGGCUCUCAAGCAAAUUGAACGGGAGGAAAAGUAUGGUGAUACCUUGCAGAGGAAACACGACGACGAUUCUAAGGACAAAAAGCCAUCGGAACCCAAAGCUGCCAUUGGAUUUACCUACGAAGAUGGUGAGAUCGUUAGUGGCAGGUCGUCGGCACCUCCACCGUCGAAAAGAGCGCCAGCUGCUGAAUCCGGGUCAGAGGAUUCCGAUAUGGACAGCGAUAUGGAUAUUGACGUUGAAUUAGACCUGGAGUCUCUGACAGCUGAGCAACGCCAGGAGCUGAUCGAUCAUUCUCACACGUACGGAAUGAAGCGUUCCGACUUCAUUCGUCUUCUCGAUGCCGACCAGGUUCUUGAGACGGAACUCCGUAUGGCCAAACUGCUGGAAGAGGAGAAGUCGCAACACCUAAGAAAACCCAGACGAAGACCUCACCCCCGAGUUCGGCAACCGUUUGAUAAGUAUUCAGCUCCUGUUCAUGGACCGAAGUAUGUGAGCACCAAGUCCUCCUCCCUUAAUCUUUGUGACGUCCCUUGGCCCCUUCAGUCCCCUGGAGUUAUUCUGUUCCGUAAGGUGUACCUGUCCGGUGCGUCGUCGGACUCGGAGAGCUACGGGUCGCCCUCGUCGGAGGAAGAUGAGCGGCUACGGGACCGCGCCCGCCGCUACCGCAACACCCCGACGAGCCAGCUUGCGCGCACCAAACCGGCCCUCUUCGAGUCAAAGCGUCCGGCCGUGCUGAUUGGCGGCCUCACUCUGGUUGCCUUCUGUGAUCCGAAGAAACGCCGCAGGCGGUUUCGAGAAAGACCCAGGCGGAAGUACGGCGAAGGGGCUGGCAGUCGGUCGAGAUCGUCUUCGAGUUCAGGGGAUUCCCGUGGCUCGAGCAACCGACCCCACCGAAGUUCCAAGCGCUCCAAAGUGGAGUACAUCACGACCUUCGGCGAAGGCGAUGACGAAGACGACCAGGACGUCGGCAGGGGUCUUUCGCCUUCCAAGUUCCCGGGCUGCGCUCCCUCCUCAUCUGGACGUCCUAGCGACACUGCCUCCAAACUCGCGGCUUCCGUUGUCUCCUCGUUGUUUAAGGAUUCAGCCUCAGCUGGUCAUAAGUCCGCAACGCCAUCAGCUUCGGCUGCUUUCGAAGGCUCCCCUCCUCCUCCUCUCUCCGUCGUCGAAGUUCUUCCUCAAGGUCGUCGUCUCCAUCCAAGCGUCGAUAUUCACGUCGACCUAGACGCUCGUCCUCACGGUCCUCCACCAGGUGCUACCGUCGUCGUUCGUCUUCGUCCUCCUCUCGGUCCACGUCACCGGGCUGAGGCGGCGCCGAUAAAGCGCUACUACCGACGUGACUUGGAAUCGGACGACGACAAGAACAAGCUGUCGUCGUCGUCGUCGUCUGACUCGGACAGCGAGCACAAGCCCUCUUCGUCGUCUGCCAACUGCGCCUCAACGAGUUACUACGCACAACGCCGCUCCACCGCCACGGAACCGGACGGCCGACGAAGAUACCUUGACAGCCAGGACGAGACGAGUGAUUUUCUCUCCGGGGGUAAGAGAACAGCCUCAUCUUCCUACCAACACCCGGUCGAUCGAUAUUCCAAUCCUCCUAACCCCCACACCACUUCUUCUUCUUCCUCCAUGAGCAAAGUCAGUUCUGUUGUCGUCUUUCGCUUGUUUUCCACCCAGCUCCUCUGGCCUGAAACCACUUCCCGUGCACCCGCGACCAAGUCCCUGUCGUCAAAUGCGUCUAAGCUGACUCCCAAGGAGGUGCUGAAGAGGGUAAUGCAGGCUCAAUUGAACAAGACAGUUAACGCCGAAAAGAAGGCCGAACUGGAGCGUUUGGAAAAGCAGGAGCGGGAGCGUAUGGACCGCGAGGAGGGUCUUCGGAAGCUGGCCGCACAGAUGCGUCAACGGGAGAUUGAGAAGCGUCUGGCGGAACGCGGAAUCAGACAGUCCUUCUCGCCCUCGCGCUCCUCCACAAGCCGCAGCUGCUCCCCAACCUCGCCUGUCGUCCCUCCCGCCCUGAGGAAGUCGCCGCCGCUCUCCAGACUCGGUAAUGCUCUUUCCUUUCGCCACUCUCCACUUCCCCAGCCCACACUUGUAGAUCUGCGGAUUCACGUGCGUUGUUCAUUGCCCCCACCAUUCCUCCCAGCACGGGAAGGCUUAAUUCGGCUCCGGCGGGCCCUCGCGUGUGACCCUGCGCCGCCCUCCCUCACCGUUUCGCCGACGCGACUACCAAAAUCGCUACGGCACCUCGCGGCGGUGAACGCUGGGCCUGGCGUGUUCUUCUCCUCCUCCUUCUCCGCCUCCUCUCACUUUUGUACGCGUAUUUUGCCGCCCUACCACCACCCCUCCUGCCCCAUUGCCACCACGUUGCCGCAUACUUGA